AUGCGAAGGAAGCGCGCUGGAUCCACUCAGGCUGGGUCGUCUGCCCAAGUACAAUCAGCUGGCACCUUAGAGACCGCAAAGCAAGAUACCGCGGGCACAGUCGCUCCUCGACGCUCUGCUCAGCCCAUCCCAUCCAUCCCAGCCGCGAGCGAUGCGGCCGGCUCUUUGUUACGCCCCGGCCCCACUGCCUCGCUGUCUCCUUCAGCCACCAAAGCACUCGAGAUAUACGAGAAGGCUGUGGCUCAUGAGCAGCGUAGCGAGCUAGAUGAGGCUCUCAGACUGUAUAGACAAGCCUUCCGGAUACACGAAGACGUCGCAAGGCUGUACGAGAGGUCAGAGUACCACUCUCUGCACAUGAAGGCCUCGGUCGACAUGGUGCGCCUUACCUACGACAUGGACAAGCUGCACGUCUCGGCGGAUUCUUCCGGUGGCAUUGCUGUGACUCUGCCUGCUCACCACGGCGUCGUAACAGGCACUUUGGCUGGCAUUAUGGCUCCUUGGGGAUUGCUCGACAUUAAAUUCGAGCCAGAAGAUGAAAAGGAGCCCGUUUAUCUUCAGACUCUUCCAGACGAGCUUCUCGUGCAUAUCCUCGAGUUUCUGAAUACUACCUCACUUGAACGAUUUGCGCUAGUCAACCGAAAAGCUCGAGUGCUCACCUUAGAUUCUUCGCUGUGGAGGCGUUUCGUACUUUCCAUCUACCAGUCACCACAGAUUGGCGAAAAGGAAGAUAUCACAGAACUGGUGGAGAAAUAUAUGGGUGACUUCCGGCGGGUCUAUAUUGAGCAUCCUCGCGUUCGACUUGAUGGCGUGUACAUCGCUGUCUGCCAUUACAUCCGCGAUGGAUUGAGCGAGAAUGCUUGGGUAAACGUUAGCCAUUUGAUCACUUACCAUCGAUACCUCCGGUUCUACCCUAACGGAGAAGUCCUCUCGCUCCUCACAAACGAGGAGGUCUCGCCACAGCAGGCCAUUCCCUUACUCAAGCCGACAUUGCGUAUGAAGGGCUUCUUCAUCGGCAACUGGCGGCUCGAGGGGACCACUGUGUAUAUCACAGACCUCAUGAAUCCCAGUGGCGAUUCGAUGCGCUAUUCUUUCCAGAUGAUCCUCGAGUUGCGGUCCCGGCCUCUAGGGAGAUGGAACAGGCUCGACUUCCGCGCGUACGAUUCUGUCUCGCUUGCCAGUGGCGAGGCUACACCGCUCGCUCUGAAGAACGACCGACCAUUCUGGUUCUCGAAGGUCCGAUCCUACGCAGUAUAG